GUUUGUUGCAAUAAAGGACCAUGGAGACACGCCGGUGUACACUAGGUGUGUUGAUUGCACUGAGUGUAUUUGUGCAAGCUUACUCGAUUUUUGUUCCAGACAUAGGUCCCCCUCCAAAACCAGGCCAGUGCCCCCGCUACCUUUUUAACUUCCCGUCACGUUUGGGAUGUUCAAGUGAUCAAGACUGCCAUGGAGAUAACAAAUGCUGCACCUAUCGGUGCGGAUCUGCCUGUGUUGCUCCUGUUUACAUAAAGGCUCUGUGUCCUGACUCCACUGGGACUGGGACAUGUGAUGACCUUUGCCACGACGAUGAUGACUGUUUGAAUGGUAAAAAAUGCUGCUACAAUGGAUGCGGACAUGAGUGCAUGCCACCCAAAAUAGUGAAGCCGGGCCACUGUGGUAUCAUACCCUUUCACCCGUGUGGGAACAGCUGCUAUCAUGAUGGAUACUGUGCAGGUGAAGAAAAGUGCUGCCCGUCAUUUUGCGGCCACUUCUGCAAAAAACCUAUCUAAGCUGACAUUCAGCAUCCGAGGUGCAUUGUAAAUCAAAGUGAGCACAUUUUUUUUGCAAAACUGUUGAUUAAAUAUUUCCUUAAUCA